AUGGACCAAAAACAAUCAGAACUAGUUGAGAAGUACCAGGAGUCUAAACUUCGAAAGCAAAUUAAUGAUGAUGAGGCCCAUGAUUCUGAAAGCGAGGAUGACUUAUUAGAAUUGUUAGAGGACGAUCCAAUGAUAUCAAACUAUAGAGAAGCAAGGAUCCAAGAAUUAGCAAAAGAAUUUAAAAGAAUAGACAACGAAGAGACCGAAAGAAGUGGAUCUUUAGGAAAUGUAAUAGAAAUUAAUGACGAGAAACUGAUAAUGGAAAUAGUAACUAACUCCGAAUUAACUUUGGUUCAUUUUUACCAGCCUGAGUUUGAUAAAUGCAAAAUCAUGAACAGAAGAUUAGCAGUACGUAAACGAAUUUUUGAAGCCAUUUCUAUAAGAUGA